AAUUUAUAUAUUACUGUCAUAAAUGAUAACAAAACAAUUGGAUAAUUUCUGAAUAUCAAGUGAUCCGUAGUAUCUGAUUGUGAGUACGGACAACGACGAGAUACGGAUUGUCGAGAUCGAGAUCGGUCAUUCGGUCAUGUAGUUUAUACUUUAGUAUACAUAUACAUAUGUAUACGUAUAUAAAUGUAGAAACAUUUAUUACAUUUAUAUGAUAUUCGUGUCACUAAUCUUCAUCACAUCGCUCUCCUAUCUUAAAAUUAUACAUUUACCUAUUCUUGAAAUUAAUAUAUUGAUAUAAAAUGUUUGUUUUAAUUCGAAAUGAAUUCCAGAAAAUUUUGACAAGCCGUGGAGGAAUCACGCUAACACAACAAUUAGCUAGGAGUACUGUGUCAUACGAUUCCUCUGAAUAUCAAUAUCUGCAAAUUAGUAAAGUUCCAACACUGCAUUUUCAAGCAUCCUUACCACGACUGCCAAUACCAAAGCUUGAAGAUACAUGUAGGAGGUAUUUGAAUGCACAGAAACCACUAUUGAAUGAUAAGGAAUUGCAAUACACAGCAUCCUGUAUUUCGAAAUUUCUUGCCAAUGAGGGACAAAGUUUGCAAAAGCAGUUGAUUCAUAAUAAUGAUGAAAAUCCACAUACUAGUUACAUUAGUGAACUAUGGUUUGAUAUGUAUUUGCGAGAUCGUAAACCUUUACCUAUUAAUUACAAUCCUUAUAUAAUUUUUACAUCAGAAUCUGACCCAAGAUAUGAUGCACAAUUGGUAAAGGCGACAAAUCUCGUUGUGUCAUCAUUGAGAUUUUUCAAGUCUCUUAGAAAUGGUGUUUUAGAGCCAGAAGUAUUUCAUAUGAAACCUGAAAAAUCAGAUACUGAACUAUUUCGCAAUAUUACAAGACUGAUUCCAUCUCGUUUUAGCUGGUAUGGUGCUUACUUAUUUAAGGCUUUUCCCUUGGAUAUGUCGCAAUAUAAAAAUAUAUUUAAUACAACUAGAAUACCAAAAUUGGAGAAGGAUGUAAUUUUCCAUGAUCCUUCAGCAAAACAUUUAGUUGUAUUAAGAAAAGGUCAUUUUUACGCGUUUGAUGUUUUAGAUGAGGAUUCCAUUUGUAAUCCUAGAAAGAUAGCUGCAUGCUUAAAGGCCAUACUAGAAGAUGAUAGACCACCAAAUAAACAUCCUGUGGGCGUUCUUACGACAUUAGAAAGGGAUCAAUGGGCACAAGCACGCUUACAUUUAAUUGAAACAGGGAAUCAGGAAAUUCUUAAGAAAAUUGAUUCAGCUAUAUUUAUAUUGGCCUUGGAUGACGAAAUUAUUGACACUGAUAACAACAAAGUACUUAGAACAUAUUUACAUGCGGAUGGUACCAAUCGAUGGUUCGACAAGUCGUUUUCUCUUAUUGUUUCUAAGGACACCUAUAGUGGAAUCAAUUUUGAACAUUCAUGGGGUGAUGGUGUUGCAAUGCUCAGAUAUAUUCAGGAUGUGAAAGCCGAUAUAUCUAAGAAACCUAGAUUUCAUCCUAAUGAAGUAACUGAACUUGCAAAAGAAAAUGUAAACAUUGAAAAACUACAAUUUUCUCUCGAUGCAAAGAGCGAAAAUAUUAUUAAGCAACAAAAAGCGAAAUAUCACGAAUGGAUCAAUCAAAUAUGUCUUGAUUAUAUAAUAUAUGAAAAUUUUGGCAAAAAUCAGUAUAAGAAGUUUGGGGUAAGUCCAGAUGCUAUGAUGCAGCUGGCAUUCCAGUUGGCAUUCUACACUCUAGAGAACAGAGUAGUAUCGACUUAUGAAUCUUGCAGUACAGCUGCAUAUAAACAUGGCAGAACAGAAGCCAUUAGACCUUGUACAUUAGAAACUAAAGAAAUCUGCAUCGCUAUGUCCCGAACACAAACUGAACUCUCAAAAUCAGACUUAAAAAGAAUGAUAUUCAAUUGUAGUAAGGCUCACAAUGUCCUUACAAAAGAAGCUGUAAUGGGCCAAGGAUUUGAUAGACAUUUAUUUGCCUUGAAAAAGAUUUCAGAGAAUUUAAAUUCUACUAAAUCAGUUAUUUUUCAAGAUCCAGCUUAUGAUGCUUUAAAUUAUAAUAUAUUAUCUACAUCCACUUUAUCGAGUCCAGUUAUAUUUGCUGGUGGAUUUGGACCAGUAGUAUCCGAUGGCUAUGGAAUAUCAUAUCAAAUUCGAGAUAAACAAUUGGCGACUGUUGUAACAAGUUAUAAAAAUAGUCAUAAUGCCACAAAAUAUAUACAAGCCUUGGAAUAUGCAUUCAAGAGCAUUCAUGAUGUACUGCGCACAUAAAUAUAUUAUGUGGCUAGAUAUAUUUAAAUAUACAUUUUUUUUAAAUCAUUGAUACUAUAUAAUUAUCAUAU